UCCCAAUCACAGUAAUACACGCACACAUGGCUGCUGCUGCACGAUUGACCUCAAUCGACGAGUCGUUCUUCUCUGAAUCGGCACAGUAGCAGAUUCGGUUGAAUCCGGUUUGAGUGUGUUAAAUAUCCAGUUCUGAACCGGCGGGAUUAAUACGGUUCUGCUUAAUCCGGAUCCGAGGCUCCGGUUAGCGGGUGUAGCUCUCUCCAGCCCCGCGAAGCUGCAGCAGGAGGAGCAGGUUGAUAGAACACGUGAUUAAGGAUGUCUAAGCCUCAGAACUCUCCCUCCCGGGACUCUCGCUCCAGAUCCCGCUCCCGUUCCCGAUCCUACUCACGGUCUCGCUCCAGCAGCCGCUCACGAUCCAGAUCCAGAAAACAUCGCUACAGCUCUAGAUCUCGCUCCCGUUCGCACAGUCGGGAACGGAACUACCCUUCUAGAGAUUUCCAGGGUAACCGUGGGUACACCCGCGGAUACCGCGGCUACCGCAGGCCGUUCUACUACAACCGGGGCAGAGGUCGCGGCUACUUCCCCCGUGGGUACAACCGGGGCGGAGGAGGAGGAGGAGGCGGCGGUGGUAACUAUGGCUACCGCUCUAAUAACUGGCACGGCGGCCACCGCGACCAGCAGCAGCCCUACGAGCACCACUCCCACAGCCCCAAGAGGGGGCGCUCUCGCUCCCGCACCCCUCGCAAACGAUCCGGCAGCCGCUCGCGCUCCCACUACUCCGAGCGCUCGUCCUCCCGCUCCCGCCACUCCAGCUCCUCCUCCCGCUCCUCCUCCCCGCGUAGGCGGAGUUCGGGGAAGCGUCGCUCCAAAGACUCCAAGAGCAAGGGGUCGCCCGGCGACGGAAAAGCCCUGGUUAAAGAGGAGGAACCCGCCAAGACCGCGCCCGCCGUACCCGAGGAGCCGCCCAGCAAGUGGGAGAGCAUGAGCGACUACGACACCAGCCCCAAGCAGUCCGGCCUGGCACAGCCGCCCGCCGGGGGUCAGCCCGAGGUCAAAGUGUCCAUCUCCGGCUCUUCUGCUAACAGCGCCUCCCUGUGGAGGAGCAUCGAGAGCAAGAGCCCCCCGAAACCCGCCUCCUCCACCUCCACCGGCUUCGGCUUCUUCUCCAAAGAGGACAUGAAGACCGGAGACAAAUCAGCCCAGAUCUCCACCGCCUUCAAAAAGUUUUUGGCAGAGAAGAAAAAGCCGUCGUCGGAUUGGGAUGAUAACCCGGAGGAAGACGCGAGCGCCGCGGACGCGGAGAAGGAGAAGAACAGCAGGAAGCAGAGAGGACUGUUCGACACGGACACGGUCUACAGCGAGACCAAGAGCGAUAAGGGCCUGCCCUUCCUGGACGAGGAGGAAGAGGCGUAUCUGAAGGGUCUGAAGGAGAGGAAGACGGAGGAGGAGUCUAAGUACAAGGUGAAGGCCACGCUCUCGGCGCGGGAGCUGUUCGAGGAGCGCUUCGGGAAGUGGGACGACGACUCGUACGGCUCUAAUAAAGACGCUCCGCCGCAGCCGGAGGACGACGCCGAGGACGAGGAGCAGGUCCUGGAGGAGCUCUACCGCAGCCGCAAGCAGGCGGCGCGUAAGGAGGAGAAAGCCUCCAAGAAGAAGGAGAAGAAGAAGAACCGCGCCAGCCCGUCGUCUCCGUCGCCCUCUAGAGGCUCGGAGAGGGGCAGGCCGCUGUUCCCUGCAGCGCAGGAGGCCUCGCCUCCGGCCAAAUCGUCCAAGAAGAGAGACCCGGAGUUCAAUUUUAGCCUAAAAACGUUCAAUGAAGAGGCUGAGAGCUCAGGUGGUGCACUGUCCAAAGAGAGACGGCUGUCUCAGGAUCUAGUGCACCCUGCUAAGAAAGAUCAGGAGGAGUUCCGCUCCAUCUUCCAGCACAUUCAGGCUGCUCAGCUCCGCCGCAGCCCCUCAGAGCUGUUCGCUCAGCACAUAGUCACCAUAGUUCAUCACAUCAAAGCUCAACACUUUCGCUCGUCUGGGAUGACUCUGAACGAGCGAUUCGGCAUGUACCAAAGAAAAGCCGCACAGAUGGAAAUGAUGAGGCAAAGAAAGAGUCCUGAGAUCCACAGGAGAAUUGAUGUGUCUCCCAGUGCUUUUAAGAAGCACUCUCGUCUGUUUGAGGAUAUGGAAGAGAGCGAGUAUAAGGAUUAUAGCAAAAAAUAUGAAGGAGAAUCUAUGGACCUGCGAUUGGAUAUUGAGCGACGUAAAAAAUACCCCAAACGCGAGGGGGGCAAGGGCUCAGCCGGGUCUCGCACCCCCAGCCGAGAACUGUCUCCAGACAAACCCUCCAAACACAAGAAGUCCAAGAAAAGUAAGAAGAAGCGCGAGCGUUCUCCUUCCUCCUCCUCUUCCUCGUCUCCGUCCCCGCAGCCGUACCGCUCCCGGGACUACCACGGGGAGGAGGAGCACGCGGAGAAGGGGGGGUUCGAUAAGUCUCGCCUGGGACCCCGAGAGUACCCGGGCCCCAUGGACCGCGGGCCCCGGGACUACGAGGGGGGCCACAUGGAGCGAGGCUAUGAGAGGGGACGGGGGGGCUACGACCGCGGAGGAUACGACCGGGGAGGAUACGAUCGAGGAGGAUACGAUAGAGGACGCGGGGGACACGAACGAGGCUUCCCUCGAAUGAGAGGAGGCCGAGGAUGGAACCGGGGAAAUUACCCUGGCAACAAUAACAAUGGUAACCCUGCUAAUGUGGGCGGACCAAUACGACCCCAAGACGAGGAGUGGGACCCCGAGUACACUCCAAAGAGCAGGAAGUACUUCCAGCAUGAUGACCGUGAUCGUGAAGCAGAGAUGAAGUGGCCGGAUGGGCGUGGCCGUGGCCGUGGCCAGUACCCACGCACCAGAGGUUCCUUCACCGUGCGUAGAGGCAGCGGGAGUGGCGGCGGCGGCGGCGGAGGUGGCGGUGGCGGCAGUGGCAGCAGCCCCAAGUGGACACACGACAUGUUCCAGGGGGCGGCGGAGGAGGGGGAGCUGGCGGACGACGGCCCCGAGCACGGCCACAAAGACGAGGACAAAACCGGAGAGAGCGAAUCCUCCAAACCGUAAACCCGCCCCCCCACCAGCCAGGCUGAGGGGGAUACAGCGGCCGUAAUCCAUCCAUACACACAUCUACACACACAUCUACACACACACACACACGUCUGAGUGAACUGGAGUGUUUAGCGCUGCUGUUCGUCUGGUGUUGAGCCACUGUGAGGAUUUUAUUUUCAGUUUAAAAGCGUUUAACUCGCUCCUGUCUAGAGUUCCAGGCUGUGUUCAUGUUUUUUUAUUAUUUACGGUCUGAAAUCGUUUUGUCUGGAGUUGAAUUUCACUUUUUUAUUAUUAUUAUUAUGAUGAUUAAACAGGACGAUUCUUCAGUCUGCCGUCUCUGCUUCCUGUUUAAUAGUGCAAUGUAGAAACGCACUUGUGCCUUAGAGCUGGAACUGCAAUUAGGUUUCUUUCCCUCUCUCUCUCUUUUUCUUUUAUAACUCUCUUUCCCACAUGCGCAGUAAUAAUCCACACUGUUUUCUGCAUAACAGCUCUAUACACAGCUCUGGAAAAUAAUAAGAGACCACUUAAAAAUUAUGAGUUUCUUUGAUUUGACCAAUUUUUUUACCUCAAAAUAAUUACAAACCAUCAAAUCAAACUGAACUGCUUGAAUUUUUGCACCAGGAGUAAAGCAGCAUAAAGUUAUCCAAAAGCAGUGUGUAAGACUGGUGGAGAAAGAGAACAUGAUUUUGCACUAAAUAUUGAUUUCUGAACUCUUAAAACUUUAUGAAUAUGAACUUGUUUUCUUUGCAUUAUUUGAGGUCUGAAAGCUCUGCAUCUUUUUUAUUAUUUCAGACAUUUCUCAUUUUCUAUAAAUAAAUGCUCUAAUUGUGGAAUUUGGGAGAAAUGUUGUCUGUAGUUUAUAGAAUAAAACAACAAUGUUCAUUUUACUCAAACAUAAACCUAUAAAUAGCAAAAUCAGAGAAACUGAUUCAGAAACAGAAGUGCUCUCUUCAUUUUUUCCAGAGCUGUAUAUCUGGACUUUAUCUGUACUCUGUACUGUGAGGGCUGCCAGGAUAAAGUCGGGGUAAUGUCCAGUUGAGUUUAUGUAUAGGUGUAAUGGUCAUAUACCAGGCCUUCUGCAUGCACUACACAAGCUCCUCCCCUUAACUAAACCAUGCAGAACAUUACCUGUAGUGAGAACAUGGCCGUACACUGCAUGUUACUGUUUAAAUACAGAUAAAUCCUGAUUCUCCUGAUGAUGUCUGUUAUUCUCAGAUAAUGUCCCUCCUUUCUCUCCUCUUUGCUGUAUACUCUCCGUCCUUUCCUCUGUUACCCCAGUUCAUCUCUUUCUCACUUCUUUCUCUUAUUUCUCAAACCUUUUCCUUCUCUUCUCUUUUUGCUGUCAUGCUAAAACCUUUUCUCUUUAAAACAGAAACUUUUACGAUGGAAUUUAGUUCAAAAUUGAAGUUUUUGGAAACAUUUGGCUGAACACACAUGGUUUUUGCAAGAUUUCAUUCAUUUUAGCCACUUUUUCCAACAAUGCACAAAUUAAACAGACUUAAUUAAAAUUUUGCAUUGCUUUUUUCUGAAUGGAACUGAAUAAAACAACAGUUUAACAUCGCGAAUGUCUGCAGUUUGAAGACAUUAUCAGAAGCAUUUUUUUUCUUCAAGUCAUUUCAAGUCAUACCUCAAGUCAUUUCUCCUAUUGGUCCAUUUGUUUUGAAAUUUAAAUACAGUAUAUAGAACUGACAGCUUCACAAAAAUGUGAAAAAUAACAAAUGCUGAGAUUUUUGCCUGACUGCGAUGAUGCACUCAUUUCUCACUCUUUUUCUUUUAGCCCUUCCUCUGCCCUCUCAUGCUCUCAUUCUCUUUUUAUUUGCCUUUCUCUCUCUCUUUCUCUCUCUCCCCCUUCUUUUGCUCUCUUUCUCUUACACUUGCUCUCUCCCCCUUCUUUUCUCUCUCUCUCUCUCUCACUCACUCUCACUAUCUUUCUCUUACACUCUCUUUCUCACACACUCAUGCUCUCUCUCUCUCUCUCUCUUUUUUCUCUUUCUCUGGGUAUGUUAGAUGUGUUUUUUUUGUUUGUUUGUUUGAACCGCUGUGUGCCGGGUCGGUGCGCUGUGUGCCGGGUCGGUGCGCUGUGUGCCGGGUCGGUGCGCUGUGUGCCGGGUCGGUGCGCUGUGUGUCGGACCUGAUUCUCCGUAACGGCUUCAUAUAAAAGCUAUUGUUUCCCAUGUGAUCUCCAAUCAUCCAAUCAUAUAGUUCAGAUUUUUGAUUAAUGGACGUGUUUAUUGUUUUUGCUCUGCUGUGAGGAUGAGCUGAAGGAGACGCCUGUAACUGAUCAUACUUUCGUCUUCUUUUAUUAAAUAUGUUAUGAAUUGUCUUGUAAUAUAAAAGUCUGUCCUGAGGGCAACUAAUGAUCUGUUUGCUUGUUUGUUUUUUUAUAUGAUUUGAUUUGUUAUUUGUUAUGAGACGGUUCAGUAAUUCUGUGCCUGUGUUGCAGCUUCUGGUUUUAAGUGUAGCUCAUUUAGAUUAAAGUUCAAAACCAAGGGACGCAGCGCGAGGGGGCGGAGUUAACUUAUUGUGGCCUUUGUAUGCAAAGGAUUAGGGAAUGAAUAAUAGAGCCUUUGGCGUAUUUUAGCUGCUCAGACAUUUACGUUAUCUGACCUUCAGCUCCCCAAAGCUUCCGACUCUCUUUAACAUGACAUAAAAAAAUGCUUCAAAUGGUUCUUUGAGGUCAUAGGUCAUCCCAGGUCAUCAAAUCAGGACAUUAGUCCACAUUCACAUCCUUGAAAUUAAGAGAAAAGCUGGAGUAAUUGGCUUCUUUUCCACUGCAGGAACAGAUGUUUACUUAGACCUCGUCAUAUUGUUUUAGUAAGGAAUAGCCAGGAUAAAGUACAGCUUGUGGUGGUAGUUUAAACAUCUAAAACUCACAGGGAGAACUAGCCAGGAUAAAGUACAGGCUCCAGUUUACAGUGAGGGCUAGCCAGGAUAAAGUACAGCUUCUAAACAUGGUGGAGGUAGUUUCAUUAUCUAUAACUCACAGUGAGAGCUAGCCGGGAUAAAGUACAGCUUCCAAACAUGGUGGAGGUAGUUUCAACAUCUACUACAACUCACAGUGAGAGCUAGCCAGGAUAAAGUACAGCUUACAUGGUGGAGGUAGUUUCAAUAAUCACAACUCACAGUGAGAACUUGCCGGGAUAAAGUACAGCUUCCAAACAUGGUGGAGGUAGUUUUAACAUCUACAACUCACAGUGAGAGCCAGGCAAGAUAAAGUACGACUUCCAAACAUGGUGGAGGUAGUUUCAGCAUCAACAACUUACAGUGAGAGCUAGCCAGGAUAGGGUACAGCUUCCAAACAUGGUGGAGGUAGUUUCAGCAUCAACAACUUACAGUGAGAGCUAGCCAGGAUAGGGUACAGCUUCCAAACAUGGUGGAGGUAGUUUCAGCAUCAACAACUUACAGUGAGAGCUAGCCAGGAUAGGGUACAGCUUCCAAACAUGGUGGAGGUAGUUUCAACAUCUUCUACAACUCACAGUGAGAGCUAUCCUGGAUAAAGUCCCAGAGUCCGUUAAAUUCCUCAUAAUGAAAUAUAGAUUAGUUUAGCACAGUAAAGUGAAUAAAGGCACAGUCAGAAAAGGCUACCGAUGUGUUUGUUGCUGCUUUAAGUCUGUGUACUGAUUUGAUUUUCCCCUGAUUUUGAUUUUGUAUCUACACGACUGUACGGCUGUUUUAUUACGUUUAUACGAUUCAAGCAAUGCUUCAGUCUCUGUCUGUCAUUCUUUCUGUUUCAAUAAAACCCUUUCCUCGGUUUA